CUCCCGGGCCGGGGCCGCAGCGCUCAGCGUCCCUAGCUCAGGCACGACCGGACAGUUUCAGCGCCUGGGCCUCCAGGCGGCAGACCCGGGUCCUCCAGCGUCGGCGCUGCGUAGAUUUGUCCUACAGCAGCAGCUGGCUGCGAGGAAAACCGCCCAGGCUCCAGAGUAAAGGGCGUCCCUUGUUGUAGAGGGGGUGGGCAGAGUCCCCUGUAGAGAGGGCAGUGUCCCCUGGAGUGAGGGCGGUGGUCAAAGUCCUGGAGCAAGGUGGGUGGGCAGGGUACCCCGUGGAGUGAGGUGUUGGGGACAGGUGGCUAGGCGUCCACUAUAGUGCAGUGCAGAGGGGGAACUGCGUGCAAGUUGACCACUGCUGAUGGGUUGAUCAAAAUGAGUGUGGCCUGGAACAGGUCAGAGGGGCAGGCUGUGUCUUAGCAAACUAAGGGACUUUAAUACUCAGACCGAAUGUGCAAUGGGGCGGGUUUAAAGAAUUAAAUACUUAUCCUACCGCACGAAAAAGGUAUACCUGUAACCUGGAGCCAUGGCCUGCACCUUUAGGAACUGGAGAAAGUGGAUCCGGCCCUUGGCUGUAUUCAUGUACAUUGUGGGUCUUUUGGUUGUUAUUCCCCUCUGUAUCUGGGAGCUGCAGAAAUCUCAGGUUGGAACUCACAACAAAGCAUGGUUCAUUGCAGGCAUUUUUGUGUUUAUGACUAUUCCAAUAUCACUCUGGGGCAUUUUGCAACAUUUAGUGCAUUAUACUCAACCGGAAUUACAGAAACCAAUAAUAAGGAUCCUGUGGAUGGUACCUAUUUAUAGUUUAGACAGCUGGUUAGCCCUGAAAUAUCCUCACAUUGCUAUAUAUGUGGAUACAUGUCGGGAAUGCUAUGAAGCAUAUGUCAUCUAUAAUUUCAUGAUCUUCCUACUGAACUACUUGACCUAUCAGUACCCAAACCUGGUGAUGCUACUUGAAGUUAAGGAUCAACAAAAACAUCUGCCUCCUCUCUGCUGUUGUCCAUCUUGGCAUAUGGGAGAGGUGUUGCUGUUUAGGUGCAAGCUUGGAGUUCUGCAGUAUACGGUUGUCAGACCAUUUACAACAAUAAUUGCAUUAAUCUGUGAGCUCGUUGGUGUUUAUGAUGAGGGGAACUUCAGCUUCAAAAACGCUUGGUCGUACCUGGUUAUAAUUAACAAUGUUUCACAGCUCUUUGCCAUGUAUUGUCUUGUGCUAUUUUAUAAAGUGCUGCGAAGUGAAUUGAACCCCAUCCAGCCGGUGGGCAAGUUUCUCUGUGUGAAACUAGUUGUCUUUGUAUCCUUCUGGCAAGCUGCCUUUAUUGCUUUACUUGUGAAAGUUGGAGUGAUAUCUGACAAACGUACAUGGGACUGGGAAAGCGUGGAAGCUGUGGCUACCGGUCUCCAGGACUUUAUAAUUAGUAUUGAAAUGUUCUUUGCUGCGAUUGGUCAUCACUACAGCUUUUCCUAUAAGCCCUACAUACAGGAAGCUGAGGAAGGCUCCUGCUUGGAUUCAUUUCUUGCCAUGUGGGAUAUCUCUGACAUCAGAGCGGACAUAUCAGAACAAGUGCGACAUGUUGGAAGGACCGUAUUAGGUCAACCGAGGAAAACUAAUGUUACUGCCGAAGAGGAACACAAUGAACAUACCAGUCUUCUCUCUUCAGCGAGCCAGGACCAAAAUUCUGACGCCUCAUCUCUCCCGCCUUCUCCAAUGGGAUAUUAUCAAGGGUUUGGACGAACACAUGCAGCUCUUGCACCCCAUGAUGUUGAUGAUUUACCAACAGAGAAGGAAAAUGAAGAUGCCUUAACUCCUGUGCCCAGUAAUUCAUCAUAAAACUCCUAAUCUAGAUUGAGACGUUGUCUCUUAAACUUUGACCUCGAGUUUGCAUUGAGGCCACACCUUCACUUCAGGUUCUCCUAUGGAUGAGUUCAACACUAAAAAUGGUAUAUAGAAAUCUAAUGCUGUAUAUUAAAACAAACUAUGAUAAAUGCACAGAACUUUGUACUAUAAAACGUACAUGAAAUAACUUCAACAAUACUGUAGAAGAUGUCUAUGGUGAUUUUUAAUGGAAGAAAUUGCAAAAUGUUGUCCAAACCAUUGCAAAAUCCAUCACAUCCAAAUGACUAAUUAACAACUAUUGUUGCAGUCAAAAUUGGCUGAUGUAUUUUGGAAAUGGUACCAUGAUGCAACCUGGGUAUUUUAACUUGUUUGCUUUGGCUUUAUUUGGGAGAUCAAAUUGAGCAUACUUUAGGGACAAAAAAACAUUUCCAUAAAUAGUUCUGUAUUGAAAAUCUAGAGCAACACAAGGACUAGAUGGUGACAGAUCCCUGAAGAUCACUGGACAGCUAGAUAUGGCAACAGACAAGAUAUUUCCCUUCAUUGACAGGCGUGGAGAACAUGCUAGCUCUGUAAAAUCUAAUUUGGAGCUGUAUACGGUUUUGGUCACAGGAGGAACGAUAGUGAUAGGUGGGGUGCACAGAUGUUGCCAGUGGUUAAAGUUUAGUGAUGAAGUGGCAUUAGUGAAUUUAAAGUGGCAUCCUUGGAAUUGUACACUGAUGGGACAUUUAAUAUUGUCAAAGGCUUACGUGGAGUUGAUCUAUUUCCCUUAACAGAAUGGUUAAUAAUUAGAGGCUGCAGGUUGAGGAGAUGGGUAGAUGAGAGUGAGGGAGAGAAAAGGGAGGUUGAAAGUGAAUGCUCGAAUAGUUAGUUAGUUGCGGGGGCUGGGGUUGGUGUCUAAAUUAAAAAAGUACCUGGAUAAGCAUUUGACGUGCAGUGACCUAUAGGGCUGCAAAUCAAAGCUGAGUAGCAGUCAGAAUAACCUACUGGCAUGGCCAUUCAACCUUAAAUUUCUCUAAAGCAUUUUUUUAAUUUCAAUGGUUAUUUACUGGAAUUUACUACGGUUUAUGAUUUUCUCUUCACUUCUAUUUAUUUACCGAGAAUAAUUAUUUCAAGGCACAAUGGAGAGAAACCAGACCUGUUCAAUGUUUGUUACGGUUAUCAAUGAUGAUAGUUGACGGAUAAACUUGUGCAUAAACUGUUUGUAAUUAUUGUUUUUUGCCUACAUAACGGACUGUACUUUCCAAAAUCAUUCUUUGGGCUGUAAAUCAUUUUGGAACUUCCUGAGUAUAUGAAGUGCACUUUAUAAAUGUAAGUUCUGGUUUUAUUUUUCAUUUCCUGAGUCUUUCAUGUAUUGUGAGGCAGUUACUAUUUUUGUUUUUGCUCCACUUUAGCCAUUCAGUACUCUCUUACUUCGUGAUAUUCAUCCUUUUGGAGAGGUGGGGGGGGGGGAGAAAGAGGGAUGAAAAGCACCAACUGCUGGUAUUUAUAAAGCAUUUAACAUAGCAAGAUGUCCUGGUAUUCCAAAUAUUAUGGAGUAUGACAGGCUUGGAUGAAAACCCUUUCCUUUUCUUUUACCUUUUAUACUAGCCAGUAGGAAGCUUAGUGCUAUAUAAUGUGAGAGAGCUUUACAGACUUGGACAUCAUUGUUCAUUGGGAGGGUAGGGUAGAGGGACUAAUAGUGGGCGUUUACACCCACAUGAUGCAAGCAUUCUGUUGGAUGCUGAACUAGGAAGCACCUUUAGCUACAAAAAUAUUACAAGGCAUUCGAUUUUUACAUUUUGAAAUGAAUUCUGCCUAUCCUGGGUAUAGAUUGUCCAAUGUACAAUAUCUCUGAUUUGUUACAUUACACAUCAUGGUAAAGAUAAGAUUUAUUCUAAAACAAUAACUAUAAAUCCAUACUGUGCAGUUUGUGAAGUCAAACUGUGAGCAAGCAGUAUAAUUCUACUGUGCUGAUUAAUUCAUUAACAUUACUUGGGUUGCAGCAGAAGGUACGGUAAAUAAAUCUAAUAGAUUUAUUUCC